GUCCGCUAGUACCCGCUGAUAUCCGCAACACACAAAGAUUCCCGAGGUUCUCUCCUCAUCAUAUGGAUAUCGAUAUCCUCACUUCAAUUUCCUCCAUCCACAAUUUUAAAAAUGCGACCACUCCUCCGAGUCCCCUUCAAAUCUACGCUCCCAAAACUCGUCACCCCACGGUUUUACUCCACUGCCAAAUCGGGUCGACCGCAAUUCAUCUCCUCUUUCCAGAUCCCGACCCCGCACUCCAACGGUACCAUUCGUGUUCUAUCAUUAUGUCGUCCCGAAGCUCGUAAUGCUAUUAGUAUCCAAUUGCUACAGGAACUAAGAGCGCAUGUAGAUGAUAUUGCGGCGGAAUAUGACGCAGAUGGAAAUGAGAUAAGGAAGGUUAGGCCGCAGGGGGAAGAUGGACCAACGAGAGCUUUGAUCAUUACAAGUGAGGUUGACGGGGUAUUUUGUGCGGGGGCUGAUCUGAAAGAGAGAGCUACUUUUACGCCUGAGAUGACUCAAACAUUCCUCCACAAUCUCCGCUCAACAUUCACCAAACUUUCUACACUUCCAAUCCCAACCAUCUCCGCAAUUUCCUCGGUUGCUCUUGGUGGCGGCCUCGAAUUGGCUCUUUGUACACAUAUGCGUGUUCUUGCUUCUACGGCCGUCGUUGGAUUGCCGGAAACGAGACUUGGUAUAAUACCCGGCGCGGGUGGAACGCACCGACUUCCAGCUUUGAUAGGGAUCGGAAGAGCGCGGGAUCUGAUAUUGACAGGGAGGAGAGUAAGUGGUCCAGAAGCGUAUUUUCUAGGAAUUGCGGAUCGCUUGGUUGAGGUUAAGGAGAAUGAAGGGGAAGGGGAGGGAGAAGGGACAGAGAAGGGAGAUGUGAUGAAGAGAGCUAAAGAAGCGGUUUUGAGAGAGGCGGUUCACUUGGCUGGGACGAUUUGCGAAGGAGGUCCGGUGGCAGUAAGGAGUGCGUUGAAAGCUGUGGGGUGGGCAAGAGAAGAUGUUGAAAAUGAUAUGUAUGGAAGGGUUGUAGGGACAGAAGAUAGAGAUGAGGCUUUGGCUGCUUUUAGAGAGAAGAGGAAGCCUGUUUUCAAGGGGAGAUGAGGAGUUCAUUGAUUUAUAUGGUCUAAAUUCUGAGAGGGGUCAAAUCUGACAUUCAUUAAGUGGGGUCAUAGUGAAUAGCAAGGCUGAGAUGAAGUCGGAACCGGCCAGAAAAGGCAGGGGGGCAGAUGAAAAUCAACAUCAUGACGAAAUGUAGAUGUGGACUGGAAGCUCGUUGCGUCUUUUAGGCGUCUCGGCUACAAAUUCAAAAUAUCAGGAAUGAAGGGGUACCUGUUACGGACAUAAUUGCAUUUUACAUUAUUCAAAUAUAUUUUGUAUACGGAGGCCAGAUUCGAUGGCACAAAUCCUUUUUCAUUAUUCUUUUCCUUGUAGGUUAAACAUCACCUCUGACCUAGAGAAACCAUCUCUUCAAUGCCUCGUUUUGGAAAACA